AUGGUAUAUAGCAACAAGCUCAUCUAUCAGGACUUGCCAUUGCCCACAGUCAGAGAGGAAAUAAAGAGCCACACACUCCGCUACAAGGAUAGACUUUCAAAUCAUCCAAACUCAUCUGUACAACAACUCAUGAUCAUGGAAGGCUUCCUAUUCAGCAGACUGCAAAGAGCUAGUGAUGGUUCCAUCGAGUUUGAGGAGUUUAUACGAGCGCUCUCGGUGACGUCAAGAGGGAAUCUCGACGAAAAGUUACAUUGGGCCUUCCGUCUCUACGACGUGGACAACGACGGCUACAUCACGCGGGAAGAAAUGUACAACAUAGUCGACGCGAUCUACCAGAUGGUGGGCCAGACGCCUCAGCCAGAAGACGAGAACACACCGCAGAAGCGCGUCGACAAGAUCUUUGACCAGAUGGACAAGAACCACGACGACCGCCUGACCCUGGAGGAGUUCCGUGAGGGCAGCAAAGCGGACCCACGCAUUGUGCAGGCACUGUCGCUUGGGGGCGAUUAAUCGACGGUCAUCCUCUCGCCGGAAUUCACUUUUACUUAGGCAACCACCGAUGCAACCACGCCGCGUGUCCGGUACAAUCAAUUAAGCAUUCUAAUCUUAUUCAAUUGAUUUAGCAACUUCAGGACAACAUUAAAUAUUACAUUCCUUUUGUUAACUGUUACUCUGUAUUAUGUUUUCCGCGGAAAAAAAUAAAACAAAGAGUUUCAAUUGUGUAGGAAGGUCCUACGAAUAAACAAGACAAUUAUACUCGUAGGUAUUAUGUGAUACUUACUUAUUUUUAUAAUACGCGGCGUGUAGCUGAUAUUUUAAAUUUAAGCUAUAUUUGCCAAUAUGAACAGUGGGCAUUGAGCGAGGCUUUUAUUAUUUUCCAAAUAUUUCAAAAUAUGCGUAUAUAAGUGUUACAAUAAGAUGUGCUUAAUAAAUGUUUACCAUUUCAGUGUUUUCACAAGUAAUUUGAUGAACACCGACUGCUACGGUGGUUUAUGCAACACAUUUAAUUUUGUUUAGCUUCUAUGCGACUGCCCGCGGAAAAGAACGUAAAAGAAUCGUGUAGCGUGUAACAAAAUUCAGCGUAAAUACGCGCAAAUGCGCGAGAUUAGUCUAUUGAUCUAGCGAGACAAGGCUACGGUAAUAAAUUGUGCUGGUGCCGAUUGGGCAGAGUGCCAACUGUGUUACUGCCUCAUCUCUGCUCCUAUUCCACGAACUAUCUAUCUGCGUAUAUACCUACUGACUUAUCGACAAUGCGAUGAAAAUAAUUCACAUUUAUGAAUCCACGAAAAUGCCUGAUCUGUCGACUCCGUUCCGCACGAACUAGAAGGGGUUUGAAAUUGACAAAACACUCGGCUAAUGUCGCUUAACUUCCGAAUCGACGAUUUUAUCGCAAUGAAAAAUGCUCACGCGUCCUGAAUAAGCAUUAUUUGGAAAUCAGACCCUAUUUCAUCGGAGCCGAGCCUCGAAUCGCAUGCGAUGUAAUCAUACUUAUUUAACGUUAAUCGGUCAAGAACUGUCAACCCUGAAUUUUGUCUACAUUCGUGGAGGUUUAUUGUAAAUAUAAUUUAUAAUUUAAUAUAAUCGUAUGAUAGGUUGAGUGUAUGGCUGACGGCGGAACUAAAUAGCGUAUCCCACCCUCGCCGUUUAUUUCGUGUUGGCAAAUUUUAUAUCUUGCUCCUUUUCAAGUUUUGAACACUGCUAUCGCUACCGGCUUUUUGUGUAUGAAAGAAAUAAGUAUGUAAUCGUAAGAGGGCGUUGAAGUAGGUACGGCGUAAAUUAGCAACAUUAUAGUAAGGAAAACUUAAAGUCUAGGUUGACGUAAAUCCAAAGUACCGCCUGCGACGAGUGGGCGUGCACUAGGUGUCUAUAGUGUUUUUACGCCUUCUUGGAAAUGCAAAUUUUAAUUUUGGAUCUAAACAGUUGAAUGCAAAUCCAAAUCCGUGCGAGAGAUGACUCCUGGCCCGUUGGCCAGUUUGUACAAACUUCGUCAAGUGCACUGCGACAAAUCUUUUAUACUUUCAUGUCAUAGUAGAUUUUCAUCCUAAAAUAUUUGAUGGGGUGUAGGAACACCUCACACUAAAUUUUCCAACUUAUCUAUACUUACUUAUACUCGUAUAAUUAUGUAAUAAUAAUGUACUCACAUGAGAACACAACAUUAUUCAAUAUCUUGACCCUAGUAUGUUACAAGAUCAUUAUCAUUUCUCUUCAUUAAGACUAUUAGUAGAUGCAAAUUAGCUCAUCCUUCACUAGUCACACAACUCAUUAGUUUCAAUGACUCACACUCAACACCUAAGAUUCAGAUAAAAAUCGUUAUUAUAAAUUUACUGUUAUUGUUGAAAGAUUGUUAGGUUUUUAAGAGUUGCGCCCCAUUAAAGUUAAAUUUGCAUUAAGACAAUAUUGAAUUUUUGGCAUUCUUACAGUUUUUUGGGUUUUUACAGCCCCCAGAGUUGUUGAAAAAUGUUCUAAUAAUUGUGUGCUAAGUGGCAUAGCCACAAUUAAAUCCUUUUAAUCGAAAUAAAUAAGUAACAAACGUUUUACAUUUUUAGACGCUACAUCGUGAAACGUAAAAUUUUUUGGAACUUAUGAAAUUGUAAUUUAAUUACUAAAUUAAGAAAGAGACGUUGAUGCAAAUAUACAUAUAUGAUUUUAUUUUGAUAAUAAAGUAGUGAUUGAAAAGCAAUUCGUUAGUGGUAUAACUAAAUGAUGUUGUCGUAUCACAAAAGUGUGCGAUUCAACUCGUAAUGUAAGAAAAUGUAAAUGCCAUGGCGAGACCCGCGCUGAGGCGAGCGCUGUGCGCUCCCUGAGCUCUCUCGUCAAGUUUUAAGAUAACAAUGUGACAAAUAAAUAUCUUUAAUUACAUAUUGUACUUUGUUCAUGACAAAUUUAUCCUUGUAUUAGAAUCGUAGUGUGAGACGUAGAUUGUGUACGGUAUCUUUCUAUAGCACGACUUCACGUUUCGACAGCCACCCCCGCCGCUGCCGCGCGCGGUCAGCACUUACGGAGAGCACUAUUCUUUAAUAGCGUCUUUGCCAAAUUUAGUGUACAAAUUACUCUUUGAAUACUUACUUGUAGGUUCUACAUCUCUUUCUCUCUCUCCAUCCUUCGGCGAAUUCUGAAAACAUAUAUUUUGGAGGACUUUUGGAUAUUUCCGUUAGCGACUCAACGUAAUGUAUUAGUCUUAAAAUUAAGAUAUCUACUAAUGAUAUAAGAAAUAUAACUACAGCUUUAUACAAUUGUUAUCCUUUGCUUAAAACUAAACUUUCUUAUGAUACUUAUAACGUAUUUCUAUACUGUGAACUAUUCGCUAUUUAUGAACCGAAUGUUUCGGCAAUGUUGCGACAGCGUUGGACGUUUGCGCGGGUUCGAGGACGUAGGCAAGUAUUGGUAGUUUGGAUCGCAAGUCAAUUUGUGUCUCUCGACAUUGUUUGUAGAGGUUAAGAUGCGUUUUUCAAACGAAAUAGAGUAGGGAAAUUGUCGCGGGCUGUGCAUUUGUCUAGAUUUAAGUAGCUAACCCUUCGCCUACAGCGUUUGAAUGAGUUCACGUUCAUCAUAAUAUGGUUGAAAUGUAAACAUUGCUUUUUAGAAAAUAUUUAAAGCUGCUUCGCAAGGUUUUUUUGUUUAACCUGAGUUGUUUAUUUACUUAAUCCUAAGUGUAUUUAAAAUGUGUAUCAGUACCGUAUCACCAUAAAAAUAAUUGUGUAAUCAUACCACUAUGCAAGUAUAGUAGCGGAUAAAUGUAUUUUAUUAAUGUGUACCAAUACGUAAAUAGAACUGCGUAGGUACAUAAUAAUACGUUGGUGUAUCUCUUCUGAUUGACAGUCUUCAAUGGCAUUGUUUACUAUCUUGAUGUUUAAAUAUUCACAAACAUAUUGCAUAAUUAAAUAGAAGUUCUUACAUAUAAUAAUGAUACCGCGCUUACCUACCUAAUUAUAUUCUGUAACUGAGCGCACACGUUAAAGUUUUGAUCGCGUGAGUUUUUGUAUCUACCUACAUAACAUAAAAUGUAAAGUACAUUGUGAUACAUGUAUCUCUAAUUAAAGAAGUCGCGUAUAAGUAAUAAUCUAAAAGCGUGUGCGGCCAGAUAGUUGGACUUGUUAUUAUUUUAUCCUAUCAUGCAUUUCAGUCUUUUUAUGUAAUUUUCCUCUUCAUUUCAUAAGUUUCUACUGACCUAGGUUUUAAUAUUAUUUUGCUUAACUUCUGCUUAAUUAUAUUAGGGUGGCGAACAAUUAGUAAACAGAACAAAUAAAACACGUAAAGAUAUUUAUCGAACAAAAUUAAUAAACCACACCAUUUGGGUUUGGCUAUAUCUUUCGUUAAAAUAAAAC